CUCGGCUAGGCUUCCGGGUUGGGUUGGCAGUCAGGGAGCGGGUCUCGGCCCGGGGGUUUAACAGCGCGGGAGUCUGCUUGGCGCCAUGGCGUGUGCCCUCGUCCCUUUCUGCAGCUUCCAGGACCUGGAGUCGGCGCGGUCCUUCCUGUGUCCGCAUCUCCGACAGGGCGGCGCUAGUGCACCCGGGGGCGUCAAGGAAAGUAGUGGCGGUAAAGCUGCAAACUGGGAAAAUGAUUGGGGAGCCUGGGAUGAUGGAGGACAAGCGCAAGAACCUGAAGAAGAAGAAGAAGAAGAAUCUGCUUCCAAGACACAGGCAAGUUCCUGGCUUCUGGACUGUGUUGUAUCCUUGUCGCCAACAAAUGAUCUCAUGGUAAUAGCUCGUGAGCAGAAAGCUGUGUUUUUUGUGCCGAAAUGGAAGUACAGUGAAAAAGGGAAAGAAGAAAUGCAAUAUGCUGUUGGCUGGAGUGGCUCUUUAAAUGUCGAAGAAGGUGAAUGUGUAAGCAGUGCGUUGUGCAUCCCGCUGGCAAGUCAAAAGAGGAGCUCCACAGGCCGGCCUGACUGGACCUGUAUUGUUGUAGGCUUCACCUCUGGCUAUGUUCGCUUCUACACAGAGAAUGGAGUACUGCUUCUGGCACAGCUUCUGAAUGAAGAUCCUGUCCUGCAGCUGAAAUGCAGAACUUACGAGAUUCCACGGCAUCCUGGAGUUACUGAACAGAAUGAGGAAAUGAGUAUCUUGUAUCCUUCUGCAGUUGUGACAAUUGAUGGUUUCAGCCUAUUUCAGUCCCUUCGUGCUUGUCGAAAUCAGGUAGCAAGAGCUGCAGCUUCAGGCAAUGAGAACGUUCAGCCACCUCCAUUAACUUAUAAGAAGUGGGGCCUGCAGGAUGUGGACACCAUAGUUGAUCAUGUUAGUAUUGGUAUCAUGACUCUGACAACUUUUGAUCAAAUGAAGACUGCUUCCAACAUUGGUGGAUAUAAUGCAACUAUAAAGAAUAGCCCACCUGCUAUGUCUCAGUACAUCACUGUGGGGUCAAAUCCCUUCACUGGUUUCUUUUAUGCCCUUGAGGGUAGUUCACAGCCACUCUUGUCUCAUGUUGCUUUAGCUGUUGCAAGCAAGCUGACAUCUGCGUUCUUUAAUGCUGCCAGUGGUUGGUUUGGCUGGAAGCACAAACAGGAAGAAGAGUCAGUACAGAAACAGAAACCCAAAGUAGAGCCUGCAACUCCUUUAUCUGUAAGGUUUGGAAUUCCAGAUUCCCGCCGUCAUGGUGAGAAGAUAUGCCUUUCUCCCUGUAACUCUUUGGCAGCAGUAACCGAUGAUUUUGGAAGGAUUCUUCUGUUAGAUGUUACAAGAGGACUGGCUAUUCGCAUGUGGAAGGGUUACCGUGAUGCACAGGUUGGGUGGAUUCAGAUUGUGGAAGAUCUUCAUGAAAGGGAAGCUGAAAAGAUGGAUUUUUCUCCUGUUGGCAGUUCUCAGGGGCCAAGCAGAGUGGCUCAGUUUCUUGUGAUUUAUGCUCCCAGAAGAGGAAUUCUGGAGGUGUGGAGCACACAACAGGGUCCAAGGGUUGGAGCCUUCAAUGUAGGGAAGCACUGCAGGUUGCUGUAUCCUGGCUAUAAAAUAAUGGGCCUGAAUAAUGUCAUAAGUCAGGGCUGGCAGCCUCAAACGUACCAGAUCUGCCUUGUUGAUCCAGUGUCAGGAACAGUAAAAACUGUUCAUGUACCUUUCCAUUUAGCCCUGAGUGAUAAGAAAAGUGAACGAGCAAAAGAUAUGCAUCUAGUGAAGAAGUUAGCUGCUUUGCUGAAGGCUAAAACGUUAAAUCUUGAUGUGGUAGAAGCCGAAGUGAAGGAAUUAAUUCUUGAUAUUAAAUAUCCUGCUACUAAAAAACAGGCUUUGGAAAGCAUCCUGGCGAAUGAGCGUUUGCCACUCUCUUCUCUAACAACCAUCACACAAACAUUAAUGGAUACCUUAAGAAAUCAGGAGGGGGAGUGCGUGGAUGAAGGGCUGCGACAGUUCUGUGCAAACAAGCUGAAGCUGCUGCAACUUCAUGAGUCUGUCAGCAAGAUAAAUUCUCUGGCCACGCAGUCGGACAUGGUGCCGUCUGAUAAUGAUUUGGCUAAAUUACUCAGGUUAGACGAAAAAGAGUUUGCCAGGCUGCAGAUGCUCCUGGAGAAUUACAAGCUGCAGGACACCCAACUUUCUGUUCAUUUUGCGGAAGAUAAAGAUCGAGCGCUGCCUGUGAAAACUUUCUUAGAGCAUUUGGAGUGUGAAGAAGACAUAAUUGAAGUGAAGAAGCUAGAAGAAAGAGAAUAUGUGGCUCUAGGAAGCUUUUUUUUCUGGAAGUGUUUACAUGGAGAGAGUUCAACAGAAGAAAUGUGCAAUAUCCUGGUGUCUGCAGGGUUUAGUCCCCAACGGUUACUGUCCCUGCUUCUCAGUGUGUGGCUUUCCAAGGAAAAAGACAUUCUUCAUAGGACACAGUCCAUUUGCUGCCUUCACGCUGCAUUGUCUCUUCUGAGCAAAAUGACUGUAGCUAUUGACGAGUCGUGGGAUUCCCAGUCAGUCUCCCCCUGGUGGCAGCAGAUGCGCACAGCCUGCAUUCAGUCAGUAAAUAACGGAGCUGCCUUAUUAUCAGCUCACGUCGGGCAUUCUGUAACAGCACAGAUAACUGAUAGCAUAGCGGAGAAAAAGUUUUCCCAGAUAGCUGUAGGCGCUGACACAGACCCUUGGGAAGCGCUCUCCCUUGAUACGGAAUACUGGAGGCUUCUGCUGAAGCAGUUAGAGGAUUGCCUAAUACUUCAGACCCUCCUGCAUAGUAAAGUGGGCGGCAAGAAAAGAAGCCAGGCGUCCUCUGCGCAGACUGAGCCACUUGGCCGACUCUCUGUAAAGAAGCUGCUUGAAGGAGGAAAAGGAGGCAUUGCAGAUAGUGUAGCAAAAUGGGUGUUCAAGCAAGACCUCAGUCCACCGUUGCUUCGAUUGGGAUGGAAAAAAGAAGAUAGUGAAGAAGAACCUCCAGAGAUUGGCAGUAUCCUUCUAGCUGAGGGUGCGGAAGACCAGACUGGACUAGAAACCAUACUAGAAUUGCUGCUUUUAGCAUGUCAGCAGUUUCCUUGCAGCCUGGAGCUGGGUGUACUCCAUGCGCAUUGUUGUUGGGAGUAUGUUGUGCAAUGGAACAAAUACCCAGAGGAAGCACACUUUCUCACCAGGUCUAUAGAUCAUCUCAGAUGCAUUGAGAAUGCUCAUGUUCAGCACGGAAUUGCUCUAAUGAUGUGGAACACAUUCAUAGUGAAAAGGCUCUCUGCUGCUACCUACCUAAUGGAUAAGGUUGGGAAAGCACCGAAGGACAGAUUGUGCAGAAGGGACAUCGGGAUGAGUGACGCUGCCGUGACGUCUCUCCUUGGCUGUUGCUCAGAUCUUCUUCAGACACUCCUGGAGGCUGAUGUACGGAGUGAUGAAAUGCCGCUUCCUGUGCUGGACACAGAAGAUGCUUGGGCGUCUGUUGAAGGCCAGAUUUCACUGGUGGAAUUAGCCUUGGAGCAGAAACACAUCCAUUACCCUCUUGUGGAGCACCAGUCUGUGCUCUGCACAGUCCUGUAUGGGAUCAUGAAGUUUUCACUCAAGAAUGUGAAGCCCCUCUCUCUUUUUGAUAGUAAGGUCAAAAAUGCCUUUUUCAAAGACCUCACUUCAAUUCAGUUGCUGCCUAGUGGUGAUGUAGAUCCAGCUCUGUUAUCUGCACGACAUCAAUUCUUAACCAAACUGCUGACUGCGGUGGUGCAAGCCCAGUCUUCAUCCCAGAAAAACAAAGGCAGCCCAGAAGAGUCAGUAGUCCUGUCAGUGAAAGACAGAGAUUGGCCAGCUCUGACUGUGGAUUUGGCUCAGCAUCUUCAGGUCAACGAGGACGUGGUUAGGCGGCACUAUGUGUGUGAGCUUUAUAACUAUGGCUUGGAUCAUCUUGGGGAAGAGGCUAUUCUUCAAGUACAUGACAAAGAAGUCCUUGCGUCUCAGCUGCUGGUGCUGACAGGCCAGAGACUGGCCUACGCCUUACUGCAUACUCAGACUAAGGAAGGCAUGGAGCUGCUUGCCAGGCUGCCUCCAACACUCUGCACGUGGCUUAAAGCUAUGGACCCCCAGGAUCUUAAGAAUGUAGAAGUGCCAAUCGCUACAACUGCAAAGCUUGUUGACAAAGUGAUAGAACACUUACCCGAAAACCAUGGGCAGUACAGCGUUGCAUUGAAUCUAAUUGAGGCAGUGGAAGCUAUGUCAUGAUGACAAUGGUACCAGUUUCAUUGAUUGUUUUAAAGUUAAACACAUGGGUCUUUUACAUACAGAAGCAGAAAUGUCCAGAAGGGAAAAAGUCAAAGUUAUUUUUAUGAACUAACACAAGUUUUCAGCUUUAGGAGGUGGUACCGAUGAGAUGCUCUGUCUUUCUGAGAGGGCAGUCUGUCUCUUGUAUAUUUGUCUAUACACUUAAAUAUUUAUUUCUAAUGCAGUCACUUGUGCAAUAGUUUAGGUUUGAGAGCAGCUUUCUUGCUGCUGCAAUUAACUUGUUAGAAUGUUUCAUAUGCUAAAGGUAUGAAAUUAGGUGUUGCUUAAGACAGGUUAAUCAGAAGCCAACACAACCCCAGCAUUUUAUGUAUGUUGCUUAGAAAAGCCUCUGGUUUAACAAGGGAAAUGGCGUGGCAAGGAGCCUACCCCACACAGCAUCAUGUUAAGAUCUAACUGGAUGAUUUGAAAUGGCUGCUGGGUAGGCCUCUGUGUUAAACAUUAAUGUAGAUACUGAACCGUGCUGCCUUUGAUGGAACAACAAUCAGGAAUCUAAUGAUCAAGUUCUACAUAAACAUGUGUCUUUUGUAACUCCCCCCCAUUGCUGUAUAGCUUACUGUAAAAAUAUUGUAAAUUGUGUCCACUAGACAUCCUGUGCUGAAAUUUCUGCUUCCCUUACAGCUGUUCAAAUAUUAAAAUUGUCAGGAUUGUUAAUCUCAUUUGCUGUGUUAAUCUGUACCUUGGAAGGCUAAAAAAGUCACAGUUGAUGCCUGAAAGCUCUGAAUAUUUGUGGAGGGUAGCACUGUAGAAGCUAUGAUGCUCUUCAAAUGAAGCUAGCAAUCAUGUAAAGAACACUAUAGAGUCUAACCAGCUGAAGUGAGGAAUGAUUAGCCUGAGACUGGCCUCGGGUAGGUUACACUUGCCCACUGCUUUUUCUUGAAGUUAAUCAGAUCAUAGUGAAGGGACUCUCUUUGGAAAUAUAAACAAUGUGUAAUUAGGACUAGGGUGAACAUGCGAUGUUCUGAUUACAAAGUCAAUGUAAAAACUGCCAUGU